AUGGCUAGCUUUUCAGAGGCCAGCAAUCUCAAUGCGUGGAAAGCUCUGCAGGAGCAUUACAAUACUACAGGCCGCAAUAUUUCUCUAAAAGACCUCUUCCAAAAGGAUGCCGACCGCUUCCAGAAGUUCUCCUACACCUUCAACAACGCCGCAGACAAGUCCGAAAUUCUCUUCGACUACUCCAAAAAUCUUAUCGCAGAUGAGACCUUCAACCUGCUGAUAAACCUGGCCAAGGAGGCCGGCGUGGAGGCCCUUCGUGACCAGAUGUUCAAGGGCGAGCCCAUCAACUUCACUGAGAAUCGGGCGGUGUACCACGUUGCUCUACGCAAUGUGACGAAUGAACCCAUGCAGGUCAAUGGGAAGAGUGUAGUGGAAGGUGUCAACUCCGUCCUGGACCACAUGAAGGAGUUCUCUGAGCAGGUGAGGAGCGGGGAGUGGAAGGGUUAUACAGGAAAGAAAAUCAACACCAUUAUCAAUAUUGGGAUUGGAGGGUCGGAUCUUGGCCCUGUCAUGGUAACGGAAGCCUUGAAGCCAUAUGCUGAUCGGAAUCUGACAAUCCAUUUCGUCUCAAACAUCGAUGGCACCCAUGCCGCUGAAGCCUUGAGGAACUCUGACCCAGAGACCACUCUCUUCCUAAUCGCUUCAAAGACGUUCACCACAGCGGAAACAAUCACCAAUGCUAAUACCGCCAAAGCCUGGUUCCUGAAAACCGCACAAGACACCGCUCAUAUUGCUAAACAUUUCGUCGCGCUCUCCACGAAUGAAGCCGAAGUUACGAAAUUUGGUAUCGAUAAGAAGAACAUGUUCGGCUUCGAAUCAUGGGUUGGAGGCCGGUAUUCUGUCUGGAGCGCAAUUGGGCUGUCCAUUGCUCUCUACAUUGGCUUCGAUAACUUCCACGAGUUCCUCGCAGGCGCUCAUGCCAUGGAUAAACAUUUCCGCGAAACACCCCUAGAGAAGAAUAUCCCCGUUAUCGGAGCACUGCUAAGUGUCUGGUACAGCGACUUCUUCGGGUCCCAGACUCAUCUCGUUUCCCCAUUCGAUCAAUACCUGCACCGCUUCCCCGCCUACCUUCAACAGCUCUCCAUGGAAAGCAAUGGCAAAGCCAUCACCCGCAGCGGAGACUAUGUGAAGUACACCACUGGGCCCAUCCUAUUCGGCGAACCUGCCACCAACGCCCAGCACAGCUUCUACCAGCUCCUACACCAGGGCACAAAGCUCAUUCCCACCGACUUUAUCCUCGCAGCACAGUCACAUAACCCCGUCGAGGGUGGCAAGCACCAGACCAUGCUUGCAUCUAACUUCCUCGCCCAAGCUGAAGCCCUGAUGGUCGGCAAAACACCCGAAGAAGUCAAGGCGGAAGGCGCCGCGGAGAAUCUCGUGCCACACAAGACGUUCCUGGGGAACAGACCAACGACUUCGAUCCUCGCGCAGAAGAUCACACCCGGCACCCUUGGUGCACUCAUCGCUUAUUAUGAGCAUGUCACUUUCACAGAGGGUGCGGUGUGGAACGUCAACUCGUUUGAUCAGUGGGGUGUGGAGCUGGGAAAAGUUCUGGCGAAGAAGAUUCAGAAGGAGCUGGAGACUCCCGGUGCGGGAGCGGGCCAUGAUGGUUCCACUAGCGGCUUGAUCGCUGCGUAUAAGAAGAAGGCUUCGCUUCUGUAG